GCAAGGGGCCUGGCGAGGGGCUUUCAUUCCAUCUUGGCGUCCGGAGGACUAGGCAUCCCUGAGGCUUCUGAAAGCAGUUCCACGCGAGGAACACUGCGAAAUAUCCCCGCGUCGCCGGAGAGGAUCCCAGAGGGGUAUCCCUACAGGGACCCAGCACCUACCCUGUAUGUCUGUGUGUCCCCUUCCAGUCUGCUGCCUUGGACACGUGUGAGCCGGAAUCCAGUCAAGUCUCCAGCUGCCUGUGCCAUGGAUCCCAAGGGCAGCAAUGGUUCAGGACUCCAGGAUGAGCGUAUUACAGACUUGCUGGUGUUUGGCUUCCUUCAAAACUGCUCCAACUACAAUUUCCACAAAGAGCUGCAGGUGUUGGGCCAUGACCUAUCUGUGCCAGCUUGUCUAUGGGAAAACCAUGACGAUGAACUGCAGACCGAUGGCAACCAGUACAGCCACUUUGUCCUGGAGAGCCGGGAGACAGAUUCUGAGAGUCAAGAUGAAAUCAUCCAGAAUAUCGCCAGGCAACUUGCUCAUAUAGGGGACAGGAUGGACCGCAGCAUCCCCCCAAGACUGGUGAAUCACCUGGCAAUACAGUUUAUGAAUGGGAACCUGUCAGAGGAAGAAAGAAGGGAGUGCCUUGCUGCUGCCCUGGAGCAGGUCAUGCACACUUAUCCUAAAGACAUGGAGAAGGAGAAGACCAUGCUGAUGUUGACCAUGCUGUUGGCCAAAAAGGUGGCCGAUCACACACCAUCCUUGCUCCAUGAUGUCUUUCGAACAACAGUGAAUGUUAUUAAUCAGAACCUACUCACCUAUGUGAGAAACUUAGUCAGAAAUGAGAUGGACUGAAUGGAUGACUGCAAAGCGUGUCUGGUUACAGUGGUUCUCAACCUUCCUAAUGCCGCGACUCUUUAAUACAGUUCCUCAUGUUGUGGUGACCCCAACCAUA